AUGAACAACCAGGAGUUCCAAGACUCGUUCGUUACUGUCGUCAUCGACCCCAACUGCACGAUAUCAGCCGAGACUAGACAUCGGCGCUUUCCGUACCUGUCCCGACUACAAGUCCCCAUAUACUUCACCCUCCGAGGAUCAGUUUGGACAAGAUCGAAGGCUUGGGUGCCGAAUCAGUACUACCAGUUUGAAGUAGAGAUCUUCAAAUCGAGUGUCGAUGAUGAGCUGUUAGAUGUUGUGGAGUACGUAUUGGGCCAGUACAUUCAGUCAGAGGCCUCUCAUAACCAUCAUCUCGCAGCCUUCCAAUCUCUAGCAGAACUGUCCAAGGUAUCGGGGAUUCUAAACACCCGUGCAACGUUACCUCCCCGAUUUGAUAAGGAGCAUUGCUCGAAGGCAAUAUUUACCGUCCGCAUUCGUUCGCCAAACUGA